AAAGCAGACGGCCAGCAGCAGGCCAGGCUCGCGACGAGAACCGGGCCCUGCGCUAGUCUGUGCCAGUGCGCUGUGGCAAGACCGUCUUCGACGAGAACUUUUUGUGCUGGUCGCCGCCGCCGCGAUGGCUUACGACUGCGGCACGUCCCUUGCCAAGUACCUGCUCUGCAUCUUCAACUUCGUGCUCUUCUUUCAACAAUUUACUUAUCCAACAGUAAUAGAACAAGCAUCUUACAUACUGAUAGCUGCAGGAUCUUUGGUGUUCUUAGUAAGCUUUCUUGGAUAUUGCGGUGCUUUAAGAGAGUCCCAAUGCCUCUUGACAUGUUACGGAGUCUUCUUGGUGAUAAUUCUUUUAAUGGAAAUAACUGCUGGUGCUUUGGCUGCUGCUUAUAGAAAAGAGGCUGAACAGAAAGCUCGCACGUUCUUGAAGAAUUCUAUUAAGGAUUAUUAUGGACCUCGAGAUCAACCCGAUGCAGUUACUCUCAUGUGGAAUUAUUUCAUGGCUGAGCUGAAGUGCUGUGGUGUGGAUGACUACAAAGACUUCGCUUCUUCAAAAUGGCAAACCUCAAACACGAGUCUUGUAGUUCCAGAGGCAUGUUGUGAGCUUCAAGGUGACAGAGCUGAUUUCAAACCUCUUUAUGAAGCAUGUCCCAGAACCCCAUCAUUGGCUUGGAAAGAUGGCUGCUAUGAUAAAUUCAUGGCUUGGCUUCUGCAGCAUAUGACUGUUGUUAUUGCUGUUGGCAUUGGUCUGGGACUGCUUCAGCUUCUUGGAAUAUUCCUAGCUUUUUGUCUGUGCCGCUCAAUAGAUGGUUACAUCAAGUAGUGUCAUACCUGAUGUACAAAUCUCAUACAGUGUUUUAAUGAUGGUGAAUUGUCACAUUCAACAGAGAAACUGAAAGCUGGGUACCUGAAUUUGUGAAGCUGUGCUUGCUAUUGCUAUAAAGUUGUAAAUUCUUGUGUGAAAUUAUUUUUAAGGAACAGCAGACAAUUUGAAAAUGCAAGUUCACCAAAUUUUGUUAAGAAAUAUAAGUGGAGAAAGAUGUGUAUCUCAGCCCCGUAUAUAUUCUUAUGUGAAAUGUGUGUUGCUAAAAUAGUGUGAUAGAAUAGUUUUGUGACUUUCCGUGGAAAUGUACAUAAGGAAAAAAGGAUGUGCGAGUGAAGUAAAAAUAAGCUUAGUGUAAAGAGAAAUAUUUCAUGAAUGGAAAAUUUCUUCAACAUAAUAUCCAGGUACUAAUAGAAGAUUGUUCCUAUUAAACAGAUGUGUAAUCCCUCUCUGCCAAAUAGGAAAAAAAGAAGAAAUUGAAUUUUGACACAUUGUACCAGAUGCAUGGGACCAAAAUCAUUAAAUCGAGAUUACAUGAAGUUAGGAAUACUAAUUUACUACUGCAAACUGUGUAAAAGAAAUUGUGUGCCUGAUACAUUAAUAUAUAUUAUUAAUACUAAAUAUGUAAGUCUGUGUUCAGUGCUGAUCAUUGUUUGCAUAUUUGGAUUUUGAAUAUGCUUGUAAAAGUGCAGCUUUUUAAUACUGUAUCAUAGAAAAUUUAGAACCUAGUUAUGUUAUAAUUGAGUGUUUGGUUAGUGUAGAAUGCUUCCCAAUUUGUGGUAAGAUACAAAAUAAGUUUUAUAUUCUGUAAGCAGGUUAUUAGCACUGCAAUGUACUGUGUUAACUCCAAAUGGUGAGAAUAGCAAACACAUUUUAGACAAGAUGUGCAAUACCCCAACAAUAUAUCUUGAUUAACUUGUGCCCAAUGCUAUUGGAACUAAGAAGCAUACUCACUAUUUAAUUUCCUAUCAAAAUGUAUGAAUGCAUUGGUUAAUUUUUCACACAAUGUCACAAUGUUGUGUGUAACAAAAUUCAGAGAAAAAAGUAAUGCAGUUAUAGAUUGUAUAUACAAUUGCUUUGUCUUUUAUGUAGAGUAUUAAAUUUGUUUUUAAUAGUAAAAAUUGCAUCUUUUCUACCACAACAGUUUUCAGGCCUGCAAUAUCCCCUUCUUAUUUUGAACAGGUUGAAGAGUUACAAUACAUUAACUCGAUUUAUUCUACAUUUCAUACUUCACUGGAACUUCAUUAUUCUUUUAAUAAGACAAUCUUUAGCAAUCCUUAUUUUCAUUAUAAAAUACUAAGGAAAUGUUCAUUAUCUCAUUUAUGAUCAAUAGGUCAAUUAGACCAUUUACCACCAAAUUGUCAGUUUGCUUGAAGAUAGAAGCCAUUACUUAAGUUUUGCUGCUUCAGUGUGUAUAUGUGACCUUACAUGAAUUCUGAUGCAAGCUAUAAGUGAUUGCCAGUCUGUCAAAAUGUCUCAUUGUUUCUACUAUGCAUUGCAUUGCAUUGCCAAGUUCACAAUUUUAAAUAACUUGAAAGAGAAAUAUGUAAUGUAACUAAUUUCAUUGACCCCAAUUUUGAACAUGCAAAAAGGAGUAAGGGAGUAUUUAAAAAUCAGUUGUGAUAUUUUUUAAAGUAAUAAUGGCUUUAAAAAUUCUUGCUAAAAGUGAAGACAGUCAGCAACACUUGGGUAUUUUUCAUCAACAAAAAAUAUUUACAUAAUUAGAAACAAUAACAUCUAUUACUUAUAAAACAAAAAAAAUAUAUAAUUCUUGAAACUUUAGAAUAAACAAUGUUGAAAUCCGCAAAUAGUGAAGCCGGAUUAUGUAAUACCUAUCUUUGAAUUACAUAGUGAUAUAAAGGUUCCAUUCACCCCAAAGACAUCAGCGAGAUUACUGCCUAGUCUCUUAGGAGGAUAAAAAGUCUGAUAUUUCAUUACAAUAAAACAAAACAAGUUUCACUUAAGGGAAGAAUCAAAAUGAUCAAUUGAUGGUAAUGACAUACCUUUCAAACUUCCAUAUCAACUAUAAGUACAAUGCAACUAAAUUUUAUUAAUUCAUGAACUAACUUUUUACUCAAUACAUUAGAAAUCUUUCAAAAGGUUGACUAAAGAUAGAUACAUGGGUAAGUAAUGUAUACCCAUGUAAAUAAUCAUGUAGUUAAACACUUUCACUACUGGCACUAAGACUGGUAUUUUCAUAAGUUGUUAUCUUGGUUAUUGUAUAGAUGCAGACUUCUGCAUUCUAUUAAUUGGAAGAGGUACAUUUAAAUUGCCGAUAUCACUGGUAACACAUCGAAAAUCUGCGAAACAUCUCCUAAAAUGUAAGUAGUCCAUAAUAUGUUUGUAAUUUUCUUUAAACUAAAAUUAUUUUUGAAAUUUGAUAUGGUAACAUCUAGCCUAAGAUCCU